AUGGUACUCCUACAGUACCCUAAGGCAGUGGUCUUUGAUUUAGAUUAUACAUUGUGGCCACUAUGGUGUGAUACUCAUAUAUAUAUGCCUAUUAGUGCAUUAAGCAGGAAUGAGCUUGUCGAUAGUAAUGGUAUGAAGAUUUCCUUCUAUAAAGACGUGGAGUCAAUUAUUCUAGAAUUGGUAGAGAAUGAAGUUGUACUCAUUGCCGCAAGCAGGACGGCAACGCCAAAAAUUGCUCAGGAGUUGUUGUCUUUGCUUCAUAUAGGUGGUAAGCCUGCGAUUACUUACUUUCAUUCUUUACAGUGGGGACAAGGAAGUAAAGUCAAGCACAUAUCGAAGGCCGCUGAAGAUCUCCGUUUGCAAUCCGCUUUGCAGGAGGGACACUUUAUGUUGUUUGACGACGAACUGAGAAAUCGUGAUGUUGGAAGUAUCAAUUGUCAUUUUGCUUACGUCUACGAUGAAAACCAAGGAUUAACACGCUCUAUAUUUAUAAGUGAAUUAAAGAAGUGGUCCAAAUCUUUGAAUACCCGUUAG